AUGUCUUCGUCGUCGUCUACGAACAACAAUUUCAACAACAACGAAAGAACGACGACGAUAGAGAUUUCACCGAACGUGUUCAUGCCUCGCUUGGCGUUUGGAACGUAUAAACUCAAAGGCGCGCAGUGCACGAAAGCGGUGAAGAAAGCGUUGGAAAUUGGUUUCGAACACAUUGACACGGCGUCUAUAUAUAAAAACGAGAGCGAUAUUGGUGAAGCGCUGGAGGAAUGGAUGACGACGACAAAAACGGCAACUAACGACGACGACGACGAUGGGAACGACGAGAAGAAGACGAAAAAGAAUUUUGAGAGAAAGAUGCCGUUUCUCGCGUCGAAAAUCGCACCGGCGGAGAUGCAUUCGAAACUGUUGGUGGAACAAGCAGUUGCAAAAAUUCUCAUCCGGUUGCGAAUACCCGCGAUUGACUUAAUCAUGUUACAUUGGCCGGGCGUGUCGAAAGUCUCGCCAGCCUCGGAAAUACACAAAGAGAAGAGGAAAGACGCGUACAGAGCGUUAGAAAAGUGCUUGAAAGAAGGCAAAAUUCGCGCGAUUGGCGUUUCGAACUAUCACGUGAGACAUUUGGAGGAGCUGUUGAGUUAUUGCGAGAUUAAGCCGAGCGUAAACCAAAUCGAGGCACAUCCGAUGUGGCCGCAGGAAGAUUUGAUUGAAUUUUGCGAAUCGAGAGGUAUCGCGGUGGUGAAGUACUCGCCGUUUGGUGGAGGUGGGGCGCCCUUGUUGGACGACGCGUUCGUUUCCACGCGAGAGGAAGAGAAAGAAGGAGGAGGUGGAGGAGGAGACGAGGAACGAGAACUGGCGGCCGACAUCGCGGACGACCAGGCGUGGAAACCGUCCCAAAUUCUCUUAGCGUGGGGUUUGUUACGAGGAGGGCGGAAAAAUAGAGGCAAUAGCAAAACCUUGUGCGGCGCAGUCGUCGUGAAAGCGUCCUCGGAGGAACGGAUAUUAGAAAAUUAUGAAGUGCUCGAGAAGGAUUUUUUCAAUUCAAAGUACCUCUCGCGAAAGUUAAAAGUUUGGGAUUCCGUGGAAACGAGGAAGAAAUUCGCCUGGGAUUCCGAUUGCGUGAAAUGA